ACAAAACAUAAAUAAAGUAAAAAUCAAGUCUUGUGUUUCACCGGUAAGGUGGUUGGAGUUGUAGUCGAAGUUGAGACCUCCGCCCUCUCUUUCGAUGUUUCCAAGAAAUCCAUUCCUCAUUUCUUAACAAAACCCAACCAUUUGAAACAAAUCACUCUACUCCCACUUCUCUCACACACAAUGGCUCUCUUUCUCCAAACCACCUUUCUUACUUCCUCCUCUUCUCUUCGCCAAAAACCCUGUCUUUCUUCCUGGGCUUCCCGCAUUUCCACUUCAAGAAUCCGCACCCCCGCCCGCGUUCAUGCCAAGAUCCGCGAAAUCUUCAUGCCUGCUUUGAGUUCUACUAUGACAGAAGGCAAGAUUGUUUCUUGGGUCAAGUCCGAAGGUGAUAAGCUUUCUAAAGGUGAAAGUGUUGUUGUUGUUGAAUCCGACAAGGCUGACAUGGACGUUGAGACUUUCUAUGAUGGUUACUUGGCUGCCAUCAUGGUCGAGGAAGGUGGUGUUGCUGCCGUUGGAUCGGCCAUUGCUUUGUUAGCUGAAUCCCCCGAGGAAAUUGAAGAGGCUAAGUCUAAAGCUGCUUCUUCUUCGCCGGCUACAUCUCCAGCCCCGGCGGCGGCGGCGGCGGCGGCUCCGGUUUCGCCGGUUUCGGAAUCCACCACUGGUUCUGGGGCUGUUGAGAAGGCAGUCGUGGUGACGCCACCCUCUCCGUCGGUGGUGGCAUCGGCGGUGCAUCCGGCGUCCGACGGAGGGAAAAGGGUGGUGGCGUCGCCGUAUGCCAAGAAGCUCGCGAAGGAUUUGAAGGUGGAUUUGGGGAGAGUGAUAGGGAGUGGGCCUAAUGGCAGAAUUGUGGCCAAGGAUGUUGAGGCUGCUGCUGCAGUGGCUUCUGAAUUGGGUUCCCCAGCAGCGAAGGUUUCGGCGGCACCUGCCGUGCAGGCACCGCCCGGGAUUGAGUUGGGAUCGGUGGUGCCUUUUACGACGAUGCAAGGGGCAGUAUGUAGGAAUAUGGUGGAGAGUUUGUCAGUGCCUGCAUUUAGAGUUGGGUAUACUAUUACUACUGAUGCACUUGAUGCUCUCUACAAGAAGGUCAAGUCCAAGGGAGUGACAAUGACAGCAUUACUUGCAAAGGCAACUGCACUGGCAUUGGUUAAGCAUCUUGUAAUAAACUCCAGUUGCCGAGAUGGUAAUAGCUUUACAUAUAAUAGUAGUGUCAACAUUGCAGUUGCUGUGGCUAUGGAUGGUGGCUUGAUUACACCAGUGCUUCAAGAUGCUGAUAAGGUUGACAUUUAUUCCCUGUCAAGAAAAUGGAAGGAGUUAGUUGAUAAGGCCCGAGCCAAGCAACUGCAACCUCAAGAAUACAACACGGGCACUUUCACACUGUCUAACCUGGGAAUGUUUGGUGUGGAUCGAUUUGAUGCCAUUCUGCCUCCUGGAACUGGAGCAAUUAUGGCCGUCGGAGCAUCACAGCCAACUGUUGUAGGUACCAAGGAUGGCCGGAUUGGUAUGAAGAACCAGAUGCAGGUAAAUGUUACAGCUGAUCAUCGUGUAAUCUACGGUGCUGAUCUGGCUGCCUUCUUGCAAACACUAGCAAAGAUCAUUGAGGACCCCAAAGACCUUACCUUCUAAUUAAAAUCCCAGCAGAAAUCAUUACUUCCUGAAGAUUUCCUUUUACCUCUAUUUAAAAGCUCAUCCUUCUCUGGUAAUCAUUCCUUGAUAUCCAUGGAGUUUACUCAGAAAGAGAAAUGCAGGAGCUCUUAUCUCUGUCCAAAGUUCUAUGUAGAACAGGAGCAGAACUGGGAAGAGAAAUUUUUAUUUGGGUUUCAGAUAUCAAAA